CUUUCACUCUCAUCACAUAUUCAACGUCUCACCAUCACAUGAAGAUCACACUUGUUCACUUUAACUAAAGAAACAGCCGCAGAAUUUUUAUCAGUCAGUGGAUUAAUAGUAGAUCCCUUUACAUCUUCUUUGCUGCUUUUUUUUGUUUACGACAAAAACAAAAAAAACUUUUUGGAAGUACUUUGGACCAAAUAACAGCUGCAUGCGGACGCCAACAGCUUUGGGAGCGAUGUCAUCUCUACUUUCUCACAACAAAGAUCAGCCACGCAUCAGAAAGUCGCUCUCUGACUCCUCUCCAACUUCAUCCACUGCCACCACCAAGAGCCCGAGGCACGAGAGACUGUCUAGAUUGAGCUCGUCUGGAUCCUCGGACGUCUCCAACGACUCGUCAACAAACCACGCUGAGUCGUACUUCUUACGGCGAGAGAACAGACUGUCUGCAAGGAAAAAGGCAGAAGAGGAGACAGCAAACAAUGACUAUAAAAAGAUGUAUGAAAAGGCACUGGCCACCAAUCAAAGGCUCAAGUCCAGGCUGGAAACCAGUAAACAGGAACUGACCAUGAUUCAGGACCAGCUACAGAGAGCACAGGGAAGAGCGGGAGAUUGUGGCUCCAACGUGCUUGAGACAGAAAAAAAGGAAAGUCGGAGUCUACAAAAGAGGAUAUCAGAUAUGGAAGAACAGUUGAAGGCCAAAGCAGAGCUGAAGACGGAGAACCAGAGACUGAAGGACGAGAAUGGAGCUUUGAUCCGGGUUAUCACUAAACUGUCCAAGUGAGACAGGAAGCAGGAAGGAUGAGAAGAAGAGGGACAGAUACCAGAAGCCAUAUCUACACCUGCAUUCUUCUUAUAUUCAUCCUAUCCUCAGACAGAAUGUAUGUUCAUAGAUUUCUAAUACUUUUGGAAACUGUAGUCCUUUGAGUAGCUAACAUUUGCAGGGAUAAAGACACAUUUUACAUCACAUGUGAAAGCUUCAUGUUACUGUACUGUAUCUAAAGUAGUAGCACAUUCAUAGACAGAAAAUAUAUUAAAUUAAAAUUCAUAUUGUGUAUUCAUAACAUAUUUCUACAUAAAGGCAAAUGCCAACACGAC